CAACGAAAGAAAGUCGCCCCUCCCAUUAGAGUAUCACAAGUCGAUCUGGUAGCUUAUUGACCAAUGGUUUUCGACUACUUAGUUGUUUGGACAGAGCUCCAGGUCCCAUCUGGAUUGGAGCUUCAUGCUGAACAGUGGGCUGGAUAUUUCCAACCAGUAAUCCACGCCCCAGGCCACAUUCAAUCGGACUGGGCAAGAGUCCGGGAACGUUCAGAUAUAGUAAUGCUGGCAUCAUUAUGGCAUACUGCUGGGGAGUUCAGAGACUUCACCGCUUCGCCCUGUGCCCAACUCUACAGGGAGAAUCUUGCAAGUGUUGGAAUCAUACCAGUCUCCUCCCGUGAGACUGUUAAUGGAAGUGGCUACUGGUUUGACUGUAUGCAGCGAUCAUUCGUUCAGCUAUUUUGGGUGUACUUUCCAGCGCCUGUAACCGAAGACCAAAGAGCCCAGGUUCAGAAGCUAAGAGGUCUUGCGACCCCAGCUCCAGCACCUGGUGCGUCGCGUCAGUACGAGCUGCAAAGAUCCCCUCCAAAACAAUUAUGGGUUGCUCAGACAGAAUCCUGGCAUGGCCAAGAAGUUCAGCUGCUUUUAUGGCCACAUUUCUGGAAAAAUGAAGAGGCAGCAGAGUGGCGACUUCUGCCAGCUAACCACUACGAGACAAUUAUGGAAAGGUUCACUGAGGCUCUUGAGAAGGUCGACCCUAAAGAAUGGAAAGAAGAAUUCUAUCGCUUUCAGAAACUGCCUCGUCUGUGAAUUUUGGUGCGUUGUUCGCUUCCUCUUCGUGUAUAUAGCAUGAUACGCACUGUGGAGAAGAUAUCAAAGCGAUCUGGUCCCAAUACUGAGGAACUCUUUUCUCUAAGAAUAGGGCUCUUUCAAGUGCUUUCAGCCUUGACUGAGACUAGUUUUGCAACGCCUGGAUCAAAAUCUCCACCUCUGAUCAGCGCUCGUAGUCCAUCGUGUCUGCUGAAAGUACCAGUAGCCCACGCUGAACCAGACAUAUGUGUCAGGAUUGCGGCGAGUGAGCUGUUUGUUGGUCUCUUUCUUCAACAAGUCCUCAUCGUCUUCAGCUGCUCCAGG